GAAAACCUCGACAUCUCGUCCAUCCUACCGGAAAAUCCACAGGACUACGACAACCUUGCACCGCCAAAAGAGAACGGGAGAGCAACAUCAGUCAAGUUCCACGUCACCGUCCUCAGCAUAGAUUCUAUUGACGAAGGUUCUAUGACGUACGUCGCGGACAUCUUUAUGUCGCAGUCCUGGUACGACCACAGGCUCAGGCUGCCGCGGAACGUCACAACCAAGUAUCGGCUCCUGCCCGUGAACUGGCUUCACCAGAUGUGGAGGCCCGACUCCUUCUUCAAGAACGCAAAGCGCGUCACCUUCCAAGAGAUGACUAUUCCGAAUCACUACAUAUGGCUCUACUCGGAUGGCAGUAUACUCUAUAUGGUCAAACUCACCCUCCUCCUCUCCUGCGCCAUGAAGUUCGAAACAUACCCGCACGACACGCAAGUCUGCACUAUGAAGAUCGAGAGUUUGUCGUACACGACGGAUGACCUGGUGUUCAGCUGGGACGACAACGUGCCCCUGGUUGUGGACGACGCCAUCGAGUUGCCUCAGCACAACCUGGUUGAGACGGCACUCAGCGACUGCACGACUGUUUAUUCGACAGGCAACUUCACCUGCAUCCAAGUGACCUUCACGCUCAAGCGACGCCUCGGCUACUAUAUGUUCCACACGUAUAUUCCAACCUGCCUGAUCGUCAUCAUGUCCUGGAUAUCCUUCUGGAUCAAGCCUGAGGCAGUGCCGGCCAGGGUUACGCUGUGCGUCACCAGCCUGCUCACCCUGUCCACACAGCACGCGCAGUCACAGAAGUCCUUGCCCCCCGUGUCCUACAUAAAGGCCAUCGACAUAUUCAUGUCCUCCUGCACCGUGUUCGUCUUCGCCUCGCUCAUGGAGUACGCGCUCGUCAACAUCCUUAUGGGUGAGACGAAUGAGAGCCUCGUCUAUCGGAAGGCCAGGCCCGUCAACAUCGCCGCUAAAGUCACGGAGUCAAGGCGGCUAUCAAAUGGCACACCCACUCAGAAGAUCGAGACGGCAGCCACUUCAACCGGGCUACCUCGUCGGCGUGAUCGCGCCUUGCUCGUAGACAAGAUUUCUAGGGUAUUCUUUCCAUUGUCCUUCGUCAUCCUCAACACAGUGUACUGGUCCGUUUAUAUCGACUACCCCUGA